UCCUCUCACACAGCCUUUUGACACUGGACAAUGCUCUUGUAGCCGCGUUCAACGUGAGAAAAACCUCAUUCCCGUCUGGGUUUUUAAGGUAACUGGUUUGUUUCGACGACACGGAGAGGACCACACUCCCCCCCCACCACCACCACCACCAUCACCGUUAGCUCGCUAAGCUAGCUAGCCUGCUAACUUAGCUGUGACACUUUGAACCGUUCGGCGUCAGUUUUCUGCCUCGCAGCUAGCCUGCGGUCUCUUGCGCCACAGCGGCGGAUUGAGGUGACCUGUCUCUCUAGGAGCAUGUGUGAGUGACAAGCGAAGGAGGAAGUGGGAUCUCUGACGCUCCGCCCCCUCUGCUGGUGGAGCACCUUGUACAUCUGAGCAGAGACCCCCAUUUGUCACUUGGACAGGUUGUGUCAUGUUACUGUGUGGAGGUCAAACGAGGCCAGUACAAUCCUGCAGCGGUCAGAAAAACAGAGAGGAGAGGGAUUGGAGAGCGAGGACUGAAUAUCAGGCUUCCCACUGGUCCUGGAAUUUCAAGAAUUUUGAGAGGAGUGAUACAAACAGAUGCGGAGGUUUGCCUACUGUAAGGUGGUUUUGGCCACCUCUCUGGUGUGGGUGAUGCUGGACAUGUUCAUUCUGCUCUACUUUAGCGAGUGCAACAAGUGUGACGACAAGAAGGAGAGAGGACUUCCUGGGAGAGACGAUGCCCUCACCAGGCCGCGGGACGGGCCCGGUGAAGGGGGAAAGCCUGUGGUGAUACCCAAGGAGAACCAGGAGAAAAUGAAGGAGAUGUUUAAGAUCAACCAGUUCAACCUCAUGGCCUCUGAGAUGAUUGCUCUCAAUCGUUCACUGCCUGAUGUCCGCCUGGAAGGGUGCAAGAACAAGUUAUACCCUGAUAAUCUCCCUCGUACCAGCGUGGUGAUUGUAUUUCACAAUGAGGCGUGGAGCACACUGCUGCGAACCGUCCACUCCGUCAUCGACCGCUCUCCACACACACUGCUAGAGGAAAUUGUCCUGGUGGAUGAUGCCAGUGAGAGAGAUUUCCUAAAGCGGCCAUUGGAGCAGUACGUCAGACGGCUUGAAGUCCCCGUCAGAGUCGUGAGGAUGGAGCAGCGGUCCGGACUUAUCCGUGCUCGUCUCAAAGGAGCAUCCAUCUCCACUGGCCAGGUUAUAACCUUUCUGGAUGCUCAUUGUGAAUGCACAACGGGGUGGCUGGAGCCUCUACUCGCUCGCAUCAAGCAAGACAAGAAAACUGUGGUGUGCCCCAUUAUCGACGUGAUUAGCGAUGAUACGUUCGAGUACAUGGCAGGAUCCGACAUGACUUACGGAGGCUUCAACUGGAAGCUCAAUUUCCGCUGGUACCCUGUACCCCAGAGAGAGAUGGACCGCCGCAAAGGAGAUCGCACACUGCCUGUCAGGACUCCCACCAUGGCAGGCGGCUUGUUCUCCAUAGACAGAGAUUAUUUCCAGGAGAUCGGCACAUAUGACGCAGGCAUGGACAUCUGGGGUGGAGAGAACCUGGAAAUCUCUUUCAGGAUCUGGCAGUGCGGUGGGACUCUAGAAAUUGUCACAUGCUCUCAUGUGGGUCACGUGUUCAGAAAGGCAACGCCUUACACGUUCCCCGGAGGAACGGGACAGAUCAUCAACAAAAACAACCGACGCCUGGCAGAAGUGUGGAUGGAUGAAUUCAAAAACUUCUUCUAUAUCAUCUCUCCUGGUGUGACCAAAGUUGACUACGGUGACAUCACGUCUCGCACUGCUCUGAGACAAAAGCUUCAAUGUAAACCCUUCAGUUGGUACUUGGAGAACGUCUACCCUGACUCCCAGAUCCCCAGGCACUAUUACUCCCUGGGAGAGAUACGCAAUGUGGAGACCAACCAGUGCCUGGACAACAUGGCCCGCAAGGAGAAUGAGAAGGUCGGCAUUUUCAACUGCCACGGCAUGGGAGGCAACCAGGUUUUCUCCUACACGGCCAAUAAGGAGAUCAGGACAGACGACUUGUGUCUAGAUGUGUCCAAGCUAAACGGACCCGUCAUGAUGCUCAAGUGCCACCACCUGAAAGGCAACCAGCUCUGGGAGUACGACCCUGUGAAGCUGACUCUGGUCCACGUCAACAGUAACCAGUGUCUGGACAAGGCCAGCGAGGAGGACAGCCAGGUGCCCAGCGUCAGGGACUGCACACACACACGCUCUCAACAGUGGCUGCUCCGCAACGUCACACUACCAGAGGUCUUCUGACCACACUCCGCACACUCACAAACACACACACUCACACACACAGCGGCCCAGAGUAAGCAAUGAGGGGAAUGGACGUGUUUAUGACGAUUGGGCAACGGGAAAGGAAAGACUUCCCGUGAAGGGACUCGGGAAGAGAGUAGGACGGAUUGGACGGUACUACCUCUGCCAGAGAUCAGAGGAAGGAGUGUGUUCGACCCUCCUCAGAGCGGGAAGAGAGAAAAGACUCCCUCUGGGGGACGAUGGCUGUUGUUUAAUGUUUGUUUUGUUUUUUUAAAAAGAGAUUUUAACCACGCCGAGUGACUCGCUCUUGGGCGUGAAUAUGAGACUGGCUGGUGGAGUCGAGGUUCUGCACUCACAGCUUCCCUGGACUAAGCAGUCCACCCCUCAGCUCUGUAUUAAGGUUUACUGACUGCCUCUUAUGAGAGAGUGUGUGCACUUACGUGUGUAUGUGUGUGUGUGUGUGUGUGUGUGUAUGUAUGUGUGUGUGUUCUGAGAUGAAUGUAUGCUUUGAGAAGGGGGCUGAAUUCCUUGUUGAUUUCUUUUUCUUUUCUUUUUUUUUUAUUUAAUUUUGUAAUGGAUUUUGAAAAUGAACUCUGGUGAACUCUAUGAAGAAGGGUGCAUGAGUAUGUGAGAGAGUGUGUGUAUGUGUGAGACUGUCAUGUAUGCAUGUGUCAGAGCCCCUCCUACAGUCUUGCAGCAGUAUAUGUCUCCCUCUGGUGUUACUCCUCGGCAUUUCAUCCUACAGACUGAAGUCUCCUCGCUGAGGGAUUUUGCAAGGGACUGCACAUAAAAAAAACAAGAGGACCGAACACGAGGACCCUACAUCUGCCGUCAGCAGAGAUCUAGUGAUAGAGAAAAAUGAUGUUUGUGAUAUCUUGAGAUUUCUAUGUCCAGUUUUUACAUGGCUUUGUCUGUUUCUACAGUCCUGUGAGAGUGCCACAGAGCAGUAACCCUAGUCUCUAUGUCUGUCUCUGUUGUCUUUAAAGAUGUUUAACAUAGAGCUAACACACACACACACACGCACACACCAACACACACACACGCACAGACACACACACACACACACACACAGGAUUCUGCAUAUGUAACUGAUGUUCACUGCCUAAUGUAGUGUUCAACCAUAGGGAACUCUCCCAUAAGGCACUGCAUAGUCACACGCACACACGCACACAUCCUGUAUACAUAUAGGAAAAAGGCUGCAAUAGCCUGAUACUUAAAUCCAUUUUGGCAUAUCUUCUUCUCAAUGACCUCUUAAAAAAUACACUCCAAGGGCUUCUUUCCUCCAGUGGAGUGUGUGGAUGGAUGCGUUAGUGUGGGUGUGAGCGUGUGUCUUCAGUACUAAUCCCAGUUCAUAAGUUCCCUGUUUACUAGAACAAACAGCUCUCAGAAUCCUCCUGUUGGACAACCAAGAGCCCGUAGCAUAGACUGACAGCAGAUCAGCGUAUACCUGCUUCCGUUGUACAAAAAGAGCAAAAGCUGCUUUUAUUUGCUGAACAGAGCCGAGCCUCCGCACUCUCCUGAGGACAUAUCUACAGUAGGAAACGAUGCCUGGAAAGUGUUUGUUAGAAUAUCAAAGAGACACCGCUGAGGUGUGUUUUGGAGAAUUAAUCAGGGACAGAACAAUAAUUGUAGAGAGCAGAAGGGGGAGGGAAAAGGGUUGAACUGUGGAUUACAAAGAGCACAGCAGCAGCAGAUGACAUAUCUUAAUCCAUAACCACAUAUCUCACUUUACAAGCUCACCUGCAAUAUUUCACUAUUCGUAUCUCAGUGAGCGAAACAGGCUGAACAGUUACAUCAGUGUCUCAUUUCCACAAUCAUGCUUUCUUUAUACUUUUUUUGUAUCACUCCUGUGGCUGCGAGUCAGGGCAGGAGAGGUGAUUUCAUAAAGGUUUUAACCAUUUCAGCUUCCUCCAGUGGAGGAAGGGUUUACACAUAGGACACGUCAUUGGUUCAUCUUUGUUGUGGACACAGUAGUGGGAGGAGGCCGUCGACUUUUUAUUUUUAUUUUUUCAUGUCUGAGCGAGUGACUGUGUUGAGGAUGUGAACGUUUUUUGAUUGUGAGACAGAGGGGGUGUAUCGAUUGUUCUGAUUUUGGGGGAGCGGGGGUUUGCAGUUGACUGACAUGUCCAGGCUUCCACACUGAGCUGAUCCAAAUGUAGAAAAUAAAGGUGAAAAAGUUUACAGAACAAUAUAAAGUUAGUGUUGAUUUCUGCCUCUGUCUGCACACAUGCUCACAAAACACACUUUCUCUUCAGUCACAAACAGUAACAGUGUACGAAGGUCACUGACGGUCGCUCUAAUGUAGGAAGAUAAUUAUAUGAGUUAACUUUGAUUUUAACUUGAUGACUAAAUACUUACCUCAACCAAUAUCAGUAUUUGAGAUUUUAAUAAAUAUUAAAUGAGGACUGUAUAUCUGCUGACAUUCUACAUAAACAAAUGGGAAUUGUUGAAUUUGAGGUUAGGGUUGGUUUCUUGAAAACAGCAGUUGACCACUUAAACUCUAUGGCAUUCUCUUGUAAACAAACAAAAAUUGUGUUCAGAUUAGAUUAGAUAGCCUCUAGUCAAAAGGAACUAUGUUUGUCCUUGAGACCUGACAAAUAAAUGCUUGUUUACUUGCUUGCA